CGAUCCGCCAACCAAAUCAAGAAGAAGGAGUAGGAGAAAAAAGAAAAGAAAAAGAAGGUCCAGUGACCAAAACCUUGUUGCUUCUUCUAUCUGUGUUGUUACCGCUAAAAGUUUUGUCUCUGUAACUUCGAGUAUCACAGGCUGCCCCAGGUAUGUUUGUCUUCAGAAGUCUUACCAAAUCAGGUUGAUGCAUUAUUAGUCGUGUUGGCACAUUUGGAGACGAGACAAAAACACUGCGGAAGUUCAUGUUGCCACUCUUGUUUUAGCUACCACUAGACUAUAAUGCACUAGUUUAGCUUGCGGUAGAGGGAUUUGUCAACUUGUCGCUGUCUCAAACUAUUUUUAUCAUGUGUUUAUUUCUAAGUUAGCUACGUGCUUUCUAAGUUAGCUACGUGCUAGCAAACAUUAAGCUAAGCUAACAGCUGUUCAGUGUGUUUACAAAAUAUUGCUGUCACUGAUAAAAACUUUUUUUGUAUGUGUAAUGUAAUGCCCAGUCUCCAAUACUUGUCUAUCAUGUUGUUGAAGUGACACAUUGUGAUACAAUCUUGAUAUGAACAAUGUUUUUUAUUCAGCUCCUGUGAUGGCUUCCCUUUGGGGGGUGGUGAAAAAUGGUAGUGCACAUCAUGUGGACAAUAGCAGCUGUUUCAGCUCCACAGAAAGCACCGUCCUCAAGGGAAACAGCUUUGGAGGGGUGCCAGUUGUACUGCUGCUGGACUUCAGCGUCUUCUUGGUGUGUGUGCGCGUGUGCUUGUUUGUGUGUUGCGGCAGCUGACAUUCCUACUGAAACUCAUAUGACCACAUUAGGGUGAUUCCAAACCCUAAUGGGAUAGUGUUACACAAUACAUGCACACAAAUGAAGCCAUUUCCUCAUUCCGUUGUUGUGUUCCUGUCUCAGGUGUUGCUGAUCCUCUUUUCCAUCAUCAGGAGGAAGCUGUGGGACUACGGCCGUCUGGCGCUGAUCUCUGACAGGGAAGGGUCCGUUAUGACAUCAAACAGUAUAACUUCCUGUUGAAACCUGAGAAAAACAAUAUAAACACACCUACCUAAAGGCAAAAGACUACAAAUAAUUCUGCAGUGGGUAUUACUGCCAGCCAAUAGUUGAAUUAAUUGUCUAUAGAGAUGUGUCCUGUUAACCCCCCCCAGCCCUGUCACAGUGAUAAUGAUCUUAGCUGUCUGUAUUUCAGGUUCAGUGAGACAUCACACCGCCGCUAUGAGAGAAUGUCGUCCUGUGUGUCCAACGGGGAGGAGCCGGAGCACGAAUUGGUGAGGGAGAGGUUAUAAUCAUCAUCAUCAUCAUCAUCUCCAUCUAAUAAUCAUCUUCAUCAUCUUUCUUUUUCCUCUCUAGGGAUGCUGCGGCUGGCUCCCCUACAUCAUCAGAAUGGAGUGAGUGUUCUCUCUCUCUCUCUCUCUCUGUGUGUGUGUGUGUGUGUAUGGGGUGGGGGGGGGUCGGUGUCUUCGUAUGUUGAGGUUGCGCCCUCAAUUUGUGUUUAUUUUUGCAGUGAGGAGAUGGUCAAGGCGCGUUGUGGGAUCGACGCGGUCCACUACCUCUCCUUCCAGCGUCACCUGAUCACCCUCCUGGUGCUGGUCACCGUCAUCUCUGUGACUGUCAUCCUGCCUGUCAACCUGUCUGGUAACCUGCUAGGUGGGUGUGACACCCACUAUGUCAACACAAUGUAAAAAUGGAACACAAACACAACGCUAAUGUAAUGCAAACACCACACUGUCAACACAACAUUGUUACAAAACUCUCAAUAUUACUAUAUAAGAACCUCACUGUAUUACACUCUCACAAUGCAAUGUGAACCCAAACACAACACUGCCAAACAGUGCUUUCAUUAUAACAAUAACAUAACUCGAACUUUACUCAAACAUAACAGAUGUAUAAACAGUGUUUAACAUAACACUCUGCAAUGCAAAUCACUCUGUAAACUCAAUAUUGUUUCGUUGCUAACUUUUGCCAGAGCAAGACCGAGAGUAUAAAUGUCCUCUUUUGUACUACAUUAUCUACCACCGAUAUGUGGCAGUUAAUCUCUUUCAACACAAUGGUGUUACUUACCACUGACUGAAGCAUAACUAUUGCAGUAUUUUUUUAAACGUUUAUACUCAUUCAACAUUGUAAUGAACAACAUCAUUGCUGUCAGUCCUCUUAUUCUGUUUUAAUUAUAUGUUUUAACAGUCUCACUUGAGGAGAUUUAAGUGUGAUAUGAUGAUAUUUUUUCAGGAAAUGACCCGUACAACUUCGGAAGGACUACUGUGGGUAAUCUUCAGAAGGAGUAAGUGUGUGUCUGUGCGUGUGUGUGUGUGUGUGUAUGUAUGUGUGGUUCUUUCAUUGUGUCUAAUAUUAACUUCCUUAACAAUGGUUCCUUAUUGCUUAAGGUAACCGUGUGUUGUUAUGAUUUUCUCAGUAAUAACCUGCUGUGGCUACACACAGUGUUUGCAGUCAUCUACCUGAUCCUGACAGUGUUACUGCUGAGGCGACACACCUCCCAGAUGAAGGGCAUGGGCAGAGGGCUGGUCAGUUCACGCGCACGCACAAGCACACACACACACACCCCCCUCCCAGAUAAAGGGCAUGAGCAGAGAAUUGGUCACUUCCUCUGUUCCAACUGUCACAAAACCAACAGUUCAUCCCCUCACUAGUAGUUCGUACUGAUACUGAUGUGUGUGCUUUGAUCCCCCCGUAGACCAGAAACACCCUGUUUGUGUGUUCCAUCCCCAAAGAAGCCAGUGAAGAGGGCAUCAGGACCCACUUUACGUAAGUAGACUGGACCGCACCAUUCUCCCAACAUCGGGGAGUCCACACUCAUCCACUAACCCUGUCUUCAGAACCUACACCCAUACCUGUAGUGUCUUUGUCUUCACCAUGGCAAUAAAAGUGAUUCAGUUUGACUAGUGUUGACUUGCCUGAAUGGGCAGACAAUGGCUUACAAGGAUGAACAUUGGACAUACAUUUACCUGUAUAUAUUUUGACACUGUGCCUUAUCACCUCUAUUCUCCCCCUUGUCUUCUCUGCAGUGAGGCCUACCCUACCUGCCGUGUGUGUGACGUGCACCUGACCUAUGAUGUGGCCAAGCUGAUGCACUUGGACAAGGAAAGGUCAGUGCUUUGCCAAACUGCCCUGGUAACUUCACACUGCCAAGCUGCGGAAAUGCAUAGCAUGUAGUUCUUUAUUAUCUGACAUAUAGUCAGAUAUAGCAGUCUGAAUUGACUGAUUCUUCCCUACCCGUCUUUUACACUAUUCCUGUUUUCUCUCUCUCAGGAAGAGAGCAGAGAAAAACCUGCACUACUACGAGCGGGUUCUUGAGCGAGGGGGCCAGAGGGAGGUGAUCAACCCCAGUCUGUGUGGUUACCUCUGCUGCUGCCGCACCCGCAACUGUCAGGAGGUGAGAUGGGCCAUACCAAGAGAAAGCCAGGAGAGGGGUGGCGGGAUCUGGGCUGUAUUAGGAACGGUGAAUAUGGGGAAGUUUAGCUGUGAGAUUGGGUUGGUGUAUCCAGAUGGGUCUUUCAGUCUGAUGGGUCUUGUGACUGUGGAGGAAUAUGUCAGAUAUUUCACACAUUGAUGAUACUCUCGCUGUUGUUCCUAGGGUACUAUUUGUGUAUGUUUUUUUUAUUUAUUUAACUAGGCAAGUCAGUUAACAAAUUCUUAUUUACAAUGAGGGCCUCCUGUGGGGAUGGGGGCUGGGAUAAAAAAUAAAACACAAAUAUAGGACAAACCACACAUCACGACGAGAGAAACCCCAACACUACAUAAAGAGAGACCUAAGACAACAACAUAGUAUGGCAGCAACACAUGACAACACAGCAUGGUAGCAACACCACAUGACAACAACAUGGUAGCAACACAACAUGGCAGCAGCACAACAUGGUAGCAGCACAAAACAUGGUACUAACAUUAUUGGGCACAGACAACAGCACAAAGGUAAGAAGGUAGAGACAACAUUACAUCACGUGAAGCAGCCACAACUGUCAGCAAACUGAAAAGAGGAGUGACCCAGGGAUGUGUGUGCUUUGGGGACCUUUAACCGAAUAUGACUGGCAGAACGGGUGUUGUAUGUGGAGGAUGAGGGCUGCAGUAGGUAUCUCAGAUAGGGGGGAGUGAGGCCUAAGAUGGUUUUAUAAAUAAGCAUCAACCAGUGGGUCUUGCGCCGGGUAUACAGAGAUGACCAGUUUACAGAGGAGUAUAGAGUGCAGUGAUGUGUCCUAUAAGGAGCAUUGGUGGCAAAUCUGAUGGACGAAUGGUAAAGAACAUCUAGCGGCUCGAGAGCACACUUACCUGCCGAUCUAUAAAUUACAUCUCCGUAAUCUAGCAUGGGUAGGAUGGUCAUCUGAAUCAGGGUUAGUUUGGUAGCUGGGGUGAAAGAGGAGAGAUUACGAUAGAGGAAACCAAGUCUAGAUUUAACCUUAGCUUGCAGUUUUGAUAUGUGCUGAGAGAAGGACAGUGUACCAUCUAGCCAUACUCCCAAGUACUUGUAUGAGGUGACUACCUCAAGCUCUAAACCCUCAGAGGUAGUAAUCACACUGGUGGGGAGAGGGGCAUUCUUCUUACCAAACCACAUGACCUUUGUUUUGGAGGUGUUCAGAACAAGGUUAAGGGCAGAGAAAGCUUGUUGGACACUAAUACAUCUUUGUUGUAGAGUGUUUAACACAAAAUCCGGGGAGGGGCCAGCUGAGUAUAAGACUGUAUCAUCUGCAUAUAAAUGGAUGAGCGAGCUUCCUACUGCCAGAGCUAUGUUGUUGAUGUAAAUUGAGAAGAGCGUGGGGCCUAGGAUCGAGCCUUGGGGUACUCCCUUGGUGACAGGCAGUGGCUGAGACAGCAGAUGUUCUGACUUUAUACACUGCACUCUUUGAGAGAGGCAGUUAGCAAACCAGGCCAAAGACCCCUCAGACACCAAUACUCUUUAGCCGGCCCACAAGAAUGGACUGGUCUACUGUAUCAAAAGCUUUGGCCAAGUCCAUACAAAUAGCAGCACAACAUUGCUUAGAAUCAAGGGCAAUGGUGACAUCAUUUAGGACCUUUAAGGUUGCACUGGGAGUUGAGGAAAUGUUGGACGGGCAAGGAGGCAUGGCUGAGUCAAAUAGGAAUCUUGACUUAAUGAAGUGGUGUUUUAAAGAGCUCAGCCAUGUGCCCCUUGUCAGUCAUAACCACAUCAUCAACAUGAAGGGACAUGGGCAGCUGUGAGGAGGAGGGUUUAUUCUCCAGGUCUUUAACCGUUUUCCAGAACAUCUUGGGGUUAGACCCACAGAGAGGGAACUGCUCCCUAAAGUAACUUUGGCCUUCUGGAUAGCCUGAGUACACUUAUUUCUCAUUUGCCUGAACGAGAGCCAGUCAGCCUGAGUAUGCGUGUGCAGGUACUUUCGCCAAAUGGAAUUCUUGAGGUGGAGUAACUCUGCCAGAUCACGGUCGAACCAGGGGCUGAACCUGUUUUUUCUUUAUGGGGCGUGUUUGUUAACAAUACCACUGAAAAUAUCAACAGAGGGGAUCAAGCUGAUUCUAUACCAAUUUACAAAGGCAAGGUAAUGAAGGAAGGCUUGCUUAUUAAAGUUUUGUAGCAAGCGUCUAUAACAAAUCAGGACAGGUCGUUUCACUGAGCAGCCAUUACGAACACAGGCUGUAAAACAGUGAUCGCGAAGGUCGUUACAGAAAACACCAAACUGAUACCUAUUAUUUGUGAGGUUCAUAUCAAGGAGAGUAGCCUUUUCUGGGUGUUUGGAGUCAUACCUUGUGGGAUUGGUAAUCAUCUGAGAAAGAUUUAGGGAGUCCCAUUGCUUUAGGACUUGGUCAGGUGGUUUAAGCAUGUCCCAGUUGAGGUCACCUAGCAGGACAAAUUCAGACUUGGUGUAAGGGGCCAGGAGAGAGCUUAGGGCAUUUAGGGUACAGGCCGGUGCUGAUGGUGGACGAUAACACCCAGCAACAGUCAACAAAGAGCUAUUUGAAAGUUUUAUGCUUAAAACCAGCAGAUCAAAUUGUUCGGGGACAGACUUGGUGUAGACAACCGAGCACUGAAGGUGUUCCUUGGUAAAGAUUGCCACUCCACCACCAUUUGGAAGAUCUGUCUUGCUGAAAAAAGUUAUAACCAGAAAGGUUAACAUUAGUGUUCAAAACACUAUUUCUUAACCACGUUUCAGUAAUGACCAAAACAUCAGGAUUGGAGCUGUGAACCCACACUUUCAGGGUUGUCUUGAGUGUAAUGUGAUAUUUUGCUUUGUCUAGGUGGGUGAUAUAUAGAAUGUGUGUGUGUAUCUACAGUGAGGGAAAAAAAGUAUUUGAUCCCCUGCUGAUUUUGUACGUUUGCCCACUGACAAAGAAAUGAUAAGUCUAUAAUUGUAAUGGUAGGUUUAUUUGAACAGUGAGAGACAGAAUAACAACAAAAAAAUCCAGAAAAACACAUGUCAAAAAUAUUAUAAAUUGAUUUUCAUUUUAAUGAGGGAAAUAAGUAUUUGACCCCCUCUCAAUCAGAAAGAUUUCUGGCUCUCAGGUGUCUUUUUAUACAGGUAACAAGCUGAUCUCAGCUUGUUACCUGUAUAAAAGACACCUGUCCACAGAAGCAAUCAAUCAAUCAGAUUCCAAACUCUCCACCAUGGCCAAGACCAAAGAGCUCUCCAAUGAUGUCAGGGUCAAGAUUGUAGACCUACACAAGGCUGGAAUGGCCUACAAGACCAUCGCCAAGCAGCUUGGUGAGAAGGUGACAACAGUUGGUGCGAUUAUUCGCAAAUGGAAGAAACACAAAAGAACUGUCAAUCUCCCUCGGCCUGGGGCUCCAUGCAAGAUCUCACCUCGUGGAGUUGCAAUGAUCAUGAGAGCGGUGAGGAAUCAGCCCAGAACUACACGGGAGGAUCUUGUCAAUGAUCUCAAGGCAGCUGGGACCAUAGUCACCAAGAAAACAAUUGGUAACACACUACGCCGUGAAGGACUGAAAUCCUGCAGCGCCCACAAGGGGUCCCCCUGCUCAAGAAAGCACAUAUACAUGCCCGUCUGAAGUUUGCCAAUGAACAUCUGAAUGAUUCAGAGGAGAACUGGGUGAAAGUGUUGUGGUCAGAUGAGACCAAAAUCGAGCUCUUUGGCAUCAACUCAACUCGCCGUGUUUGGAGGAGGAGGAAUGCUGCCUAUGACCCCAAGAACACCAUCCCCACCGUCAAACAUGGAGUUGGAAACAUUAUGCUUUUGCUGUGUUUUUCUGCUAAGGGGACAGGACAACUUCACCGCAUCAAAGGGACGAUGGACGGGCCAUGUACCGUCAAAUCUUGGGUAAGAACUUCCUUCCAUCAGCCAGGGCAUUGAAAAUGGGUCAUGGAUGGGUAUUCCAGCAUGACAAUGACCCAAAACACACGGCCAAGGCAACAAAGGAGCGGCUCAAGAAGAAGCACAUUAAGAUCCUGGAGUGGCCUAGCCAGUCUCCAGACCUUAAUCCCAUAGAAAAUCUGUGGAGGGAGCUGAAGGUUUGAGUUGCCAAACGUCAGCCUCGAAACCUUAAUGACUUGGAGAAGAUCUGCAAAGAGGAGUGGGACAAAAUCCCUCCUGAGAUGUGUGCAAACCUGGUGGCCAACUACAAGAAACAUCUGACCUCUGUGAUUGCCAACAAGGGUUUUGCAACCAAGUACUAAGUCAUGUUUUGCAGAGGGGUCAGAUACUUAUUUCCCUCAUUAAAAUGCAAAUCAAUUUAUACAUUUUUUUACAUGCGUUUUUCUGGAUUUUGUUGUUGUUAUUCUGUCUCUCACUGUUCAAAUAAACCUACCAUUAAAAUGAUAGGCUGAUCAUUUCUUUGUCAGUGGGCAAAUGUACAAAAUCAGCAGGGGAUCAAAUACUUUUUAUAUUUUUAUAUAUAUAUUAGUGUAAUGUGUAUGUUUUCUGUGUCUCUAGGUAGAUGCCAUAGAGCACUACCGGCGCCUCCAGGCAGGUCUGUUAGAGGAGGUGAGGCAGCAGAGAGAGCUGGUGCCACAGCACCCUCUAGGGAUGGCCUUCGUCACUCUGCAGUCUGAGGCCAUGGCCACAUAGUGAGUUUCCUUUCUCUGUGGAGUGGCUGGGCUAAGGGUUAUAUUGAUGAUGGGAUAGAACAAUAUUGUAGUUUUAAGACAUGAUUCUCCAACCUUAGAUUACGUCUCUCAAUAGUGUGUAAAGCAGUGGUCAACAUCCCCAGCUCUGGAGAGCUACAGGGUGUGCAGGCUUUUGUUCCAGCCCAACAGGAAAAUAAACAUGGAAUUGAUGACUAUACCAUCAUUAGUGGAAACAAUAUUAGUUGAUGUAUCCACUUUCUUGGGUUAUGUAAACAUGAUGUUUGACAGCUGUCACUCACUCCCCUCAGCAUUCUGAAGGACUUCAAUGCCCUGGACUGUGGAGAUGGGGGCAGCGCAGUGAGGUGUGGGUGUGGCCGAGAGACCCAGCUUUCGUCCAAUAGCGCGGCUCUGAAAGUGAGGAACUGGAGGGUUGACUACGCCCCUCAUCCCAGAAAUGUGUACUGGUGAGUUCCCCUAUAACCUAACCUACAGUGCCGUUUGAUAACGAUGGUUCAGUACAUUCUGUCAUGUUGAAAAUUAUCAUCUCUGUUGUCCUCUCUCUGCUGUUUUCCUCUUUCUCUGUUUCUGUCUCUGUCUCUUUGUCUGUUCCAGGGACAACCUUUCAGUGCGGGGCUUCCGCUGGUGGUUCCGAUGCCUGCUGCUCAACUUCUUCCUCUUCUUCCUCCUCACCUUCCUCACCACUCCCUCCAUCAUCAUCAGCACCAUAGACAAGUUCAACGUCACCAAGCCCAUCUACUACCUCAACGUGAGUCCGUCACCUUCUACUAGAAUAGAACUGUAUUUGGUCUGUGAGAUGAGAGGAAUGCUGUUGCUCAUGUUGUGUAUUCAAUUAGUUUUGAAUUGUAUACUAUCAUAUAUGCUAUCAUGUAAUGUCUAUUUGUGUGUUUGUGUGUGUGAGACAGAGUGCUGUGGUCAGUCAGUUCUUGCCGACUCUGCUUCUGUGGUCCUUCUCUGCCCUGCUGCCCACCAUAGUGUACUACUCAACUCUGGGAGAGUGCCACUGGAGCAGGUACACACACACACACACACACACACACACACACACACACACACACACACACACUGACAUACUGUAUCUAUGUACUGUAGGUCCAGUGAGCAGUUGAUUAUGAUGCACAAGCUGUACAUCUUCCUCCUGUUUAUGGUUCUAAUCCUGCCCUCUCUUGGACUCACCAGGUAAUCAAUUACCCCACCCUGAUCACUUAAUGAUCAUUCCAGAUAAUCAAUGAAAUAUUAAAUAAAAUUGUGUUUUUUUUCUGUAAUUGAACUACAUUUAUAUUUUUAUGUGAUUGUGGCUCUCUGUUCUAACCACAGUCUGGCUGUGUUCUUCCGCUGGCUGUUUGACAAAGAGUUUCUGGCUGAUGGGAAGCUGAGGUUUGAGUGAGUGAUCUACACCCCUCUCUCUCUCUCUCUCUCUCUCAUAUAUUUACUGUGUCCCUGUAUAAUAACUAGUAUCUAAUUUACUGUGUCCAUUUCUCACUUCCUCUUCUGUCACCAACUCUCUCUCUCUCUCGCCCCCUUCCCUCUCAUCUCCCCCUCCCCUCUACCAGGUGUGUGUUCCUGCCUGACCAGGGGGCGUUCUUUGUGAACUAUGUAAUCACGGCGGGCCUGGUGGGUUCUGGGAUGGAGCUGCUACGGUUGCCAGGGUUACUGCUCUACACCAUUCGCAUGGCUCUGGCUCGCUCCGCCGCAGAGAGGAAGUAUGUCAAACAGGUGAGACUCCGCCUCUGUAUCAAUCAGGUGGGCUCAACGUUACAGAAACCUCAGAUAGACAACAGUCUGUCAUGCAUGAUUAGUAUGGAAUGAUUAGCUAAGUGUUUAGCUUUUUCUAUCUACGUAGUCAUGGAUGAAAUUCAGAUGAUGUGUGAUUUAACCUUGUCUGUCUGCAGAACCAGGCGUAUGAGUUUGAGUACGGAGCCAUGUACGGGUGGACCCUGUGUGUGUUCACUGUCAUCAUGGCUUACAGCAUCAUCUGCCCUGUCAUAGUGCCUUUCGGUGAGUGAUGGGCAACACACACACACACACACAUACUACUGACCUUGCCCUAAAGUUACAUUCCCUCUCUGUGUGUUCAGGUCUGCUGUACCUGAUGCUGAAGCAUCUAGUGGACAAACACAACCUGUACUUUGCCUACCUGCCCGCCCGCCUGGACAGACAGGUGCACCUGGGAGCUGUCAAUCAAGCCCUGGCCGCACCCAUCAUCUGCCUCAUCUGGCUCUAUUUCUUCUCCGUCCUCCGGACAGGUAAUGCACACAACUGGAUAUUUACUGGAGCUCUCAUACCUAUGUUCCUUCCUCUUCUAACGUGGCUGUUUCCCUGCAGUUACCUGCUUGAGUUAAAGAACCAUUUUUAACGUAUCCUCCUUCUGUGUGUGUUUUGGGGUCAGGAUUCAAGGCGGACACAUCUGUCUUCACUCUGGUGGUCCUGUGUGUAACUGUCUGCAUCUGCAUCAGCUACACCUGCUUCGGACACUUCAAGUACCUCAGCCCUCACAACUACAAGGUGAGCUGUGUGUUCAUGUAUGUGUUCUUGUGUGUGUAUAUUUUAGACACUAACAGUCCCUGUUCUAUCUGCAGUUGAAGGAGGAUGAGGAUGCCGUGGAUGGAUUGGCGGACAGCAACAUGGUCAGUAACAGGUUUAUUCCUUCGCCAUUCAUUUAUAGACGGAAGUUCAAAUCUGUUUGGAAUGGGGGAAGCAAUAUGGUGGUACCCCUCUCCCAGUUCUGCUCAGUUCUCACAAAAAUGAGGAAGUUAAUCGUAGAAACAAAAGCCAAUUUAAGAGUUUCAGAACAUAUCAUAUAUCAUUUCUGUCUCAGUCUAGGCGGCAGGUAGCCUAGCGGUUAAGAGUGUUGGGCCAGUAACCGAAAGGUCGCUGGUUCGAAUCCCCGAGCUGGCAAGGUGGGAAAAAAAUCUGCCGUUCUGCUCUUGAGCAAGGCAGUUAACCCCCAACAACAACUGCUUCCCGGGUGCCGAUGACGUCGAUUAAGGCAGCCCCCCGCACCUCUCUGAUUCAGAGGGGUUGAGUUAAAUGCGGAAGACACAUUUCGGUUGAAUGCGUUCAGUUGUACAACUGACUAGAUAUCCCCUUCACUUUUCCCCUCUCCCUUCUGCACAUGUAUCUCUCUGUGUCCACAGGUCUACCUUCCAAGGGUGCUUAGAACAGAGUCCCCUGAGUCCCCCUCUACGUCACCAGAUGGGUGUAAAACCCCCCAGUCAUACGGGACCACAGACAGCAGCCCAGCCUGUCAGAGCCCAGUAGAUGAUGAACUGUUGAACCCCUGA